CGGGACGCGCGUCAGUGUGUGUGCGGGGCGGAAACAAACAGCGAAGCGUUCGCAGAACUGCGAGUUCCCCUGCGAUAUGACUAACUCCGCCAGAAUAUCGUGUCGAUCUUUGUACUCCGGUCGUUCCGUAUCUGCCAUCUCGUACCAAUUACCGCGGGAGGAGUGUAAACAUCUCUGAAGUCAGGAAGUGGGAUGUGGCCCAGGUGAAAAACUCGUUAUAUGGUUGCGAGCGUGGGCGCCGUGACUGAUGGCACGCGAUCGGUCACACACAUCAGGAUGACGCGUCGAGCGUGUGCGAUCAAUAUGUGAAUUUGUGUGUGGACAGUAGUUUAGAGAAAUACAGAGCCAUUGCAGUGAAGUCUUCGGUGUGAGUAUCAGCUCAGCAUCAUAAUGGACUCGUCUGUGGCGCUGGGGAGGCUGGAGCUUGCGUGUCCGGUAAUGACCCGCGGCUCGUGUUUACCGGAGGGCGCGCAGAGCGCUCACCUGAACGGCUGCGUGCCGCUCUCUCAUCAGGUGGCUGGACACAAGUAUGGCGUUGAUAAAGUGGGUAUCUUGCAACAUCCUGAUGGUACGGUCCUGAAACAGCUACAGCCUCCUCCAAGAGGACCCAGAGAGAUGCAGUUCUACAGUAUGGUGUAUACUGAAGACCACUGCGACCCCUGUCUUGUAAACCUCCAAGCGCACCUUCCCAAGUACUACGGCACGUGGUCCUCACCAGACGCUCCCACAGACCUGUACCUCAAGCUGGAGGAUGUGACACGCAGGUUUCAGAAGCCAUGCAUCAUGGACGUAAAGAUCGGCCAGAAGAGCUACGACCCCUUCGCUUCACAAGAGAAACGGGAACAGCAAAUCAGGAAAUACCCACUGAUGGAGGACAUCGGCUUCUUGGUUCUAGGAAUGAGGGUGUAUAAAGUUGGCUCAGACAGCUUUGACACAUAUGACCAGCAUUAUGGAAGAGGUCUCGUGAAGGACACGAUCAAGGAAGGUUUAUCCAAGUUCUUCUACAACGGCGACAUUCUCCGCAAAGACGCCAUCACUGCCAGCAUCCUCAAAGUCCAGAAGAUCCUUCAGUGGUUUGAGGACCAGAGUCGGUUCAACUUUUAUGCAAGCUCUCUGCUCUUCGUCUACGAGGGCGUUUGCGCGCCCAGUCUCGUCUCUCACACCCUACGGGAUAGCCAGAUCGCACCCGAGGCCUGCGAGCAGAACAACAACAUCGAUCAGAGCCUCUCCACCAUGUACUCCCUGCACAAGAAGAGCUGCGCCCGGAGCCACUACCAAGCCAAACAGGACAACGGCGUUUGGAGCGCCUCACAGCAGCCCAACGGCAACCGUGGCUUGGCAAGACUGGAAGAGGACAGGAAGGAGGCGAAAAGCGAAGCGGGACAGGAAACGGUCAGUGAUGUGGAGGUAAAGAUGAUUGACUUUGCACAUGUCUUCCCUAGUGACGUUCCCGACCAGGGUUACAUCUACGGCCUGAAGAACCUACUGAAGGUCCUACAUCAGAUUCUGGAGGAGUGAUGUGGAGCGGUUCUUGUUGUUGAAGGUAUGAAUUUUGUAGCCACUUUCGUGUCCGUCUACCCGCCUUUCUCUAAUCUGCACUACCUACACCAUCAGUGGAGUAACAUGUUUGUAAUCCUUCGUCUAAUGUAUGUGCUUUAGUCUUUUAAAAGCUUUGUAUAGUUUGUUAUUAUAUCUUACUCAGGUAAAUGAAUCUAUAAUGCUUGUAUAUUUAUCCUGACAAAAGAAGAAACACUCUCAUCAUAUUAUUAUGCCUCAGAUAUUACGUAUUAGUUCCUGUUUCCAGAGCCAUUGCAGGAUUUUUUUUUUUUUUUUUCCUUUUUAUUUUUUUUAAAUCCAUGGAACUCAAAAUAGGAAUUUGAUGAGUGGAAAAUAUAUUUGACGUUUAUUUCGCAAAUGCUGCCAAUAUGACCCUGCCUGUUUCAGACCUGUUGAAUUGUGAAUUUUAUCUAAUUUUUUUAUGUGAUUUGAAAAGAAUUAACUCUUUGUAAGUGUGUUCAUGUUCUGAUUACUGAUGCAAUAGAACUGAAAUAACAAUGAGAGUAAUGAAGUUGAGAUCAUUUAUUUUUUUCAUUGUACAGCCCUUGUGGUUUGUCUACAUCAAAUGCCAAAGUUUCCAUUAAUGAAGUGAAGGUGAAUUGUGAUUUUAAUAAUAUGAUCUUUCUUCGGAAUACCAACCAAUGUACUUGGGUGUCCAGGUAUUUCAUUCAAAAGUCGUUUGUACACAUUAAUUUGGUGACGGCGUAGGACACGAUAGGAACUUAGUCAUGAAAAAGACAUUUAAUGUGAAUCAAUGUGAGAGGAAAUAUAAGAAUACCCUUAAAAUUAUAAACAAAUAUUUUAAUCUCAGAAAUGAUUUUUUUUUUAUGUGUGUGAUUUGUCAGUAACCAUUUAAAGGGUUACUCCACCCCAAAAUGAAAAUUUUGUCAUUGAUCACUUACCCCCAUGUCGUUCCAAACCCGUAAAAGCUUUGUUCGUCUUUGGAAUACAAUUUAAGAUAUUUUGGAUGAAAACCAGGAGGCUUUUAACUGUCCCAUUGACUGCCAGGUAAAUACCGCUGUCAAGACCCAUGAAAGACAUCGUCAAAAUAGUCCAUCUGCCAUCAGUGGUUCAAUAUGAAUUUUAUGAAGUGACAAGAAUACUUUUUUUACGCAAAGAAAAAAAAAAAAGAUUUUAUUCAACAAUUCAUCUCCGCAUCAGCGUAGCGCCAUUUUGAAGAGUAUCCGCUGGAUACAUUGCUUUAUAAAAUUCAGACUGAACCACUAAUGGCAGAUGGACGAUUUUGACGAUAACUUUUUUUUUUUUUGGGUCUCCAAUGUGCUUUUUACCUGGCAGUCAAUGCGACAGUCAUAAGCCUCCUGGUUUCCAUCCAAAAUAUCUUAAAUUUUGUUCCGAAGAAGAGCAAAGCUUUUACAGGUUUGGAACAACAUGGGGGUAAGUGAUUAAUGACAAAAUUUUCAUUUUGGGGUGGAGUAACCCUUUAACUUGUUUGUUUGUUUGUUUUUUUGCUUUUAUGGUUUACAUGUUUAUGAGCAGCAGAGACUUUUUUUCUUUUUUUUUUUUUUUUUAACUAAUUUAGGGUUCCCAGUUAUUAAAAAAAAACUUGCACGUAUUAGAGAAUUUUAAAAUUGUCAAAAACAAAACAAUUUGUCUGGUAUUCAGCCUUCACUAAAAAAGUCAGAAAAGGCAUGUAAAUUCAUUGGUGUUUUGUGUGGGAACCCUGUCUAUUGAAUCCUUUUUCAAAUCUCAGGCAUAGCAUAUUUUAAUAAAAUGGUCUUAUGCUUGUAGUUGAGGUCAAAAGUUUGCAUCCCCCUUUCAGAAUCAUUAAAAACGUUAUUUUUCCAAAAUAAGAGGGAUCUUACAAAAGAGAGCCACAAGAGAAAAAAAUAGUUGAAUUUAUAAAAAAAAAAAAAAAAAAAAAAACGUUCAAAAGUUUACAUCCCCUUGAUUUUUAAUACCGUGUUGUUACCUGAAUGUUACCUUGUUUGUUUAGUGAUAAGUUGUUCAAUCAUGUACAAUUUUUUUUUUUUUUUUUUUUGUACAAUGGCAUCUUUUCACUCACUGAUGCUUCAGACGGAAAAACUAUACAUUAAGAGCCAGGGUUGAAAACGUUUGAACAGAAUGGAGAUAUGUACAUUUUUCUUAUUUUGCCUAAAUAUUAUAAUUUUUAAUUGCCUUUUAGAGGCCACAGUAGAUACUUGCAUGUUUUCCAGAAGACAAAAUUAGUUAAAUUUACCCCGAUCUUCAAAAUAAAAAGUUUUCACCUCCCUGGCUCUUAAUGCAUCGUGUUUCCUUCUGAAGCAUCAGUGAGAGUUUGAACCUUCUGUGACAGUUGCAUAUGAGUCCCUCAGUUGUCCUCAGUGUAAAAAGAUGUAUCUUAAAAUCAUGCAGUCAUUGUUGGAAAGGGUUCAAAUACACAAAAAUGCUGGAAAAGGAUUUUUCUGAAGAACAGCGGGCGGUUAAACCUGUUCAGGACAAAUAAGGGACUCAUGAACAACUAUCAAGAAUCAAGGGGAUGUUAAAUUUUGAGCUUGGUCAUUUUUUUUUUAUAAAUUCAACUACUAUUUUUACUUGUGGACUAUAUGUAAACAUCUUUCAUGUGAAAUAUCUUAUUCAGGUCAGUACUAAAAAAAAACAUGCAUUUUGAUCCUUUCUAUUUUGGAAAAAUAAUUAACAUUUUUAAUGAUUCUGAAAGGCGGAUGCAAACUUUUUACCUCAACUGCAUAACAAUCAUUCAUAUUCAUCUCAAUACAUUUAGUUAAACUCGUCAGGAAAUUGCGUCCUUUUUUAAUUUCAUAUCUCUUUUGUUUGUGUUUUGUGUGUUAUGUUUUAUUAGCCUGGUUUUAAGUGUACGAAGAACAAUUUAACAUUCUUAUUCACGUGCACCUUUAAAGUGGCACAACAUAGGAAAGUUGCUUUCCGUUUGUAUCCAUAAAGACAAAAAGUGCAUGAAUUGCAUAGCUCUGUGGAAAUAUGUGUCUUUGGGCAAAGUGAAAAAUUGCCUUUGUGCCUAUCAAAUAACAAAUAGUCUUUUAGCAGCUCCCGGUGUAUUAAAGGUUGUCAGUACACCUCAAGAAAAGAAAGCGGUCUAAACAAGCUCUGGAAUACUAUAGUGCUCUCAUUAUAAUAUGCUUUUGUUCACAAAUAAAUGAACUGAUGCCAUGUUUACAUUCUACCUUUAUGGUUAUCUGGACAAAGACACGUUAUAUAGUCGUACAUGCAUAACUCAAUAAUUAAUGUCUAUUAAUCAUCUUAUUUAUGCACUGAAAGUAAGUGAAAAUACUAUGUGUACUUUUAUGCUUUUUGUUAAUUACUUCAAAUGAUCUAUCAUUUUAUUUCUUUUUCUGAUUGUUUGUUUUAUUCUAAUUUUGUUUUUUUUUAAAUAAUGGUAUAUAGCACCUGAUUGGUAACUACUGUAUGUGUGGUGCUUAAAGCACUUUAGUGAACCUUUGGUGAGACUGGAUAUUUCCCUGUGGAAGAAUAUUGAUCAAUCUUAUUUAAGGGCAUGAAACUGUUGAAUCUCAACAGACGGACAAAUGAAGUCUGAACACUCACAUCAACAUUUGUACACUGGCUAGAUCUUUUGUUCGCAGGAACGGCAGGAAUAUUUCCAUGGCAUUCAUUUUCUGGAAGAUAUAUGAUGAUAGCUCUUUGGUGUCCUAAUGCUUGCUGUUCAAUAUGCUGAAAUAUACAGGCCUGGGUUAGUGAUGUCUCAAUAUACGUCCCUUUUUGAAAACCUGUCUUACACUUUGUAUCGAGCUAAACUUAGGGAUUAACACAAAAGACAGAAAUCUGCAAAUGAAAACUACAUCUCAAAUGUCAUCACAUUUAGAUGGUUUCCAAAUGAAUAAUGUAUUCUAAAUGUCAGCCAUGGUUUCCUGGAUAGAAUCAUAGCCCUGAACUGUUUUUAUAGUGAUUUUUUUUUUUUUUU